UUUCAUUAUUAAUAUUUUUGUGGAAGGUGCGGAUCAGAUGUGAACAACCUCUAUUAUUUGCACAAUAUCUGUCAGUAUUUUCAAGUAGUGCCAGUUUGGCCACAUCACGAAAAGAAGAAAUGGACAAUGAUACAGCGCGGUUUCCUUUCCCCUUCCAACCAUACUCGAUUCAAGAGCAGUUUAUGGAGGCUUUGUAUACUACACUUGAUCAAGGCAAGGUUGGCAUAUUCGAGAGUCCAACAGGCACAGGCAAGUCUCUGAGCCUGAUAUGUGGUGCACUUACCUGGUUGAAGGACUAUGAGGCAAAGAAGAAGGAGGAGGUAGCCAGGCUUUUGAAGGAAGAGGAGGAUGAGAAGGCGAAGGCUGCCUCAGGAGGCGCCGAACUGGACUGGAUAACUGCCUUUGUGGAGAAGAAAGCAGAGAGGGAUCAAGUAAACAAGCUCAAGGAUGAAGAGAUAAAGCGAAAGAGAAGGGAGGAGAAGCUGGAGAUGAUACGCCACAAUGCACAGCUGAAAUACGCCCUGAAGAGAAAGACUGAAGAGGAGGAUGAGCUGUCCAAGCUGCUGCAGGAGACGUCGCGGGAGGCCGGCCCAGACAGCCUGGACUCCAGUCAGGACGCAGAGGAUGAGCGCCUCAUACUGGCAGAGUACGAGAGCGAUGACGAGACGGCACCCAAAAAGGGGUUGGGUGAUGAUGAUGAAGAUGACUUGGAGGAGGAGCAUGUUACUAAGAUCUAUUACUGCAGCAGAACUCAUUCUCAGCUGGCCCAGUUUGUGCAUGAGGUCCAGAAGAGCCCGUAUGGGUCCAGUAUAAGCCUCGUCAGCCUGGGGUCACGACAGAACCUGUGUAUUAAUCCUGAGGUGGUGCGACUGGGCAGCACUCACCUGAUCAACGACCGCUGCAUGGAGAUGCAGAAGAACAAGCACGCCAAGGAGAAGACUGAGAAAGCGGAGGGAGAACCCAAGCGUCGUCGAGGUGUUGCCAAGGCGACGUGCCCGUUCUCAGGGUUCGAGAAGCUGAUGACGAUGAGGGACGAGGUCCUGGUGGAGGUGCGGGACAUCGAGCAGCUGGUGACGCUAGGACGCAAGACACACACCUGUCCCUACUAUGGCACCCGUAAGGCCAUACCUGCUGCACAGCUGGUGGUGCUGCCCUACCAGACCCUGUUGCAUGCUGGGACGCGGCAGGCCUCCGGCAUCCAGUUGAAGGACCAGGUGGUCAUCAUUGACGAGGCACACAACCUCGCCGACACACUCACCUGCAUUCACAGUGCAGAGGUGACCGGGGCACAGCUUUGCAGAGCUCAUUCCCAACUCACACAGUACUGUGAUCGAUACAGGAGCCGUCUGAAAGCCAAGAAUCUCAUGUACAUCAAACAGAUCUUGUUCGUACUUGAGGGGCUGGUUCGCACACUUGGAGGGAAAGUAGGACAGAACCCAAACACUCAGCGUUCACAACCAGGCACAGAACUGCAGACCAUCAAUGACUAUCUAUUUAAAGCAAACAUUGACAACAUCAACUUUUUCAAGCUGCAGAGGUACUUUGAGAAGAGCAUGAUCAGUAGGAAGUUGAGUGGUUUUGCCGAGCGGUAUGAGGGCUCAGGUGUGACCACACACGCCACUGGCAACAAGGAGAACCGUCGCACUGAGGGCCUGGGCCGCUUUCUACAGAGUCUACAGAACAAAGACACGGUUCCACCUGAGGACCAGAAGGGGGCAGACGAGACCAAGCCCAAUAUCACCUCCCCAAUGAUGCUGGUGGAGAGCUUCCUCUUGGCACUAACCAGUGCCAAUCAGGAUGGGAGGGUGGUGAUACAGAGUCAGGCGUUCGUAUCCCAGUGUUCCGUGCGCUUCCUGCUGUUGAACGCAGCUGUGCACUUUGCUGAGGUGCUGAAAGACUGCAGAGCCGUCAUCAUCGCUGGAGGCACCAUGCAACCUGUGGCUGAUUUUAAGGAGCAGCUGCUUCUUGCAGCCGGAGUGCGAGAGGAGCGAAUCAGAGAGUUCUCCUGCGGCCAUGUCAUUCCUCCAGAGAACAUCUUACCCAUAGUGCUUUGUGUUGGACCAUCUGGGCAGGAGCUGGAAUUCACUUUUCAAACCAGGGACACCCCAAAGAUGAUGGAGGAGACUGGUCGUGUUCUGUCCAACAUCUGUAACAUAGUGCCCGGGGGCGUGGUGUGUUUCUUCCCGUCGUAUGAGUACGAGAGGAAGAUUCUGGAAUUCUGGGAAAGCUCUGGCGUCCUCCAGCGACUGGCUUCCAGGAAGAAGAUCUUCCAGGAGCCAAAGAAGGCCAGCCAGGUAGAGCAGGUGCUCUCGGAGUACUCCAGGUGCAUCCAGCGUUGUAAAACCACUGCAUGUGGGCUGUCUGGGGCGCUGCUCUUCUCCGUGGUCGGAGGCAAGAUGAGUGAAGGCAUCAAUUUCUCAGAUGACCUGGGCAGGUGCAUUGUGAUGGUGGGCAUGCCGUACCCCAACAUCAAGUCUCCAGAGCUGAUCGAGAAGAUGGCUUACCUGGACAAGAACAUGCCACACAUAGGUGGGCGGAGUCCUGGCAGGGCUCUGGUGGAGAACCUCUGCAUGAAGGCUGUCAAUCAAUCCAUAGGCAGGGCCAUCCGUCACCGUGGUGACUAUGCGUGCGUGGUGCUGUUGGACCGCCGCUUCUCCCGACCCGCCACCCUGCAGAAGAUUCCGGAAUGGAUCCGGACCAGCACAAAGACACACACCACCUUCGGACCAGCCUUCGCCAGUAUUAGAAAGUUCUUCCUGGAGAAGAAGGAGAAAGAGAAAGCGCUGAACUGCUGAGGGGAGGAAAGUAAUAAGAUGUCUAACUAUUUUGUGUCUGGCUUUGACUUUUUUUUUAUCAUUUUCAUUCAUUGUUAAUAUAUUUGAAGUGCCUGUGUUUUGGUUUGUUGGGCGUGUUGAAUUGUUCUCUUGCUGCUGUGAAUGGGCUGUGAAUGGCACUGAGAGAUGUGCGGGUGCCUGUGCUCCAAUCCCAUCAUAAUAAAGCAGAUCAAUGAAUUCGUA